AUGACGGCGGACAUUGAAAAAAUGUACCGCCAAAUCAUGGUUCAUCAAGAUGAUCGCCAAUUCCAACAAACUUUGUGGCGGAAUGAUGCGUCAGAACCUUUGAAGGCCUUCCAGUUGAACAUCAUAACGUACGGAACCUCGUGUGCACCAUUCCUUGCCACGAGAGUCUUAAACCAACUAGCCGAUGACGAUGGAAAGGAGUAUCCGCUAGCCUCACAGGCAGUAAAGCGAGACUUUUAUGUCGACGAUCUUCUCACCGGCGCGAACAGCAUCGAAGACACGAAAGAAAUUGCGAGGCAGCUCAUCGAAUUGUUGGAUGGUGCUGGAUUUUCUCUACGAAAAUGGAGUUCCAAUGAUACUGCGUGCAUUAUGGAUAUUCCAGAGGAACGCUGGGAAAGGCAACCGCAACUCGAACUGGAUCGUUCGCCAUCAAUUAAAACGCUCGGACUCCUCUGGUUUCCAACUGCGGAUGUGCUUGGGUUCAAGAUUCCGCAAUUAUUCACCAUUGAAAAGGUAACCAAAAGAGUAGUAUUGUCCGAAAUUUCACAACUGUUUGACCCGCUGGGUCUUGUUGGACCGAUUGUUAUAAGCGCUAAAAUGUUUAUACAACGGUUGUGGCUGGAAGAACUCCAGUGGGAUGACGAAUUGCCCGACGAGUUACGAUCCUGGUGGCUAUCCUUUAGAGUGUCUAUCGACGUGCUGCAAGAAAUUCGUGUUCCUCGUUGGGUAUUAGGCACUGGUAUAACCGACUACCAACUUCAUUGUUUUGUUGACGCCUCAGAGAAAGGAUAUGGAGCUUGCCUUUACGUCGUUGCAAGCGAUUCAAAUGGUCCACAAUUCAGUAAUUUACUCAUCGCCAAAUCUCGAGUUUCUCCAAAAAGUGGCGAAACUAUGCCAUGGUUAGAGCUUUGCGCUGCCCGUCUGGGAAGUCAAUUGAUAGAUACGAUUCUUCAGACGACCACAUUCGCUGGAACCCCAAUUUUGUGGUCCGAUUCAACCAUUGUUCUGCACUGGAUUCGCUCACCCCCAUCGAAGUGGAAGAUAUUCGUAUCCAACCGUAUUGCCGAGAUUCAUCGACUUACCCAAGACUCCCAGUGGCGGUAUGUUCCUACAGCACUCAAUCCUGCCGACUGCUUAUCGAGAGGACUCCAGCCCGAUGAACUUCAACAUAAUACUCUUUGGUGGCACGGGCCACCGUUUCUGCUUCUCGACCGUGAACACUGGCCUAAGCAAACUGCUACGCUUUCAUCGAUGGCAUCGGAACAAUUAACUUUGGAGCGUAAGGCGACCACUGUGUUAGCAGCGUUCACUACUGAUCAGUGCUUAAUAGAAAGAUUUUCGGACCUGGCUCGCUUACUCAAGGUUACUUCGUACUGUCGCCGAUUCUUGCGUAACUGUAAAUCGAAUACGGAAAACAGGCUUACCGGUGCUCUAUCGCCGAACGAAUAUGAUGAGGCGCUCAAAUCGUUAGUUCGUGUUGUUCAACGAGCAUCCUUUCCCAGUGAAAUUCAUUAUCUCGAGGGGAAAGGUCAUGGUGAAACCUCUCUCAAGAAAGCCAAUCUCAAGUCACCACUCAACAGUUACGACCUCAUGCUCGACCCACAAGGGACAUUGCGGAUCCAAGGCAGGUUAGCCAAUCUCUCUGGAAGCUUCGAUACUCGGUUUCCAAUGGUACUACCGUAUGAUCAUCACUUUUCUCGGUUGAUUGCCAGAUCCAUCCAUCAUCAAACACUACACACUGGACCUGCACAAUUACUGUCAAUCAUUCGCCAGCGAUUCUGGCCUGUACGUGGCAGAGAACUCGCACGUAGAACAGUGCACCAAUGUUUGACAUGCUCCCGUUGCCGUCCUCAUCCAUGUGACCAAUACAUGGCUCCAUUACCAGCUGCACGCAUUACUCCAUCGAAGGUCUUUGAACAAACAGGGCUAGACUAUUGUGGGCCGUUUCUCGUUCGACCGCUCGCAGGUCGAGGCGCUUCGGUAAAAGUCUGGGUCGCCGUGUACGUAUGUUUCGCCGUUAAAGCCGUAGCGCUGGACAUCGUCGACGGGUUACCAGCAGCUGCGUGCGUCAAUUCGCUUAGACGCUUCGUGAGUCGUGUCGGACGCGUUCGAAUCAUACAUUGCGACAACAGCAUAUCGUUCGUAGGCGCCGCGCGCGAGUUACGGGAGAUGCGACGACAGUAUCGAGAGCAGUUUGCAACAACUUCUUGGGCCAAUGAAUGCCUGCAACGUGGAAUUGAGUUCCAGUUCAUUCCGCCACGGGCACCGCAUUUCGGCGGUUUAUGGGAGGCUGCAGUUAAGAAAUUUAAAUAUCACCUCAUUCGCAUCAUGAAAACGACGCCGUACCGUUUAGAUGAUUUCCGCACAGCCAUCGCCCAAGCUGAAAGCAUCAUGAACUCCCGCCCGUUGACUCCACUAUCGAACGAUCCUAGUGACCUCUCCGUCCUCACUCCUGGGCACUUUUUAAUUAGAGUGUCAUCGUUCCAACUUCCCGAGCAGGACUAUCAACAAAAGCCACUCAAUCGCCUUUCUCGCUUUCAGGCAACCCAACGUGCCAUAACUGACUUGUGA